AAGAAAUGAAGAAAAUGAAGCAAUAACUAUGGAUUUAAUGCCUGAAUUUCCAAUGACAUCCGUCGAGGAAUACGUACAAUUUAAUGAAACAUUGAAAAAUGAUGAAGCAAUUCGUAAAUGUUUUGAAAAGAAAAUAAAGUGUAUUGGUGGUGACUCUACACAAAAAAUGAUCUCCAAUAUACUCACAUAUUGCAUAACAUUUGACACACACAAGUUGACUUGGACUGGUGCAAAAAAUACUAUCGCAAUCGAAAAUACAACUUUUGCAAACAUUAUAGUUAGUACUGUCAAUCGUACAAAAGGAAAUGGACCUGACUGUACCAUUGCAUUGAUUGUCAAGCAUGUAAAAAACUGGCUGCAACAUGCAGGUGAUAAAAUGAGAUAUCGAAACAAAAAAGUGCAACAAUAAAUUACUCUGUAAUUAGUAUACAGAGUGUCCGAUAAUUCCGCUAAAAACCGCGAUAUAAAAAUAGAUUAAGUGAAACUGAAAAAACAAUUCCUCUAUGAUUUUGCGAAGAACCACGUAAAAUUGUGUUAUUAAUUAAAGAAAUUAGCUAAUGAUCAAUUAAUUAAUAAUUCUAUAUUUUAUGUGGUUCUUCGCAAAAUGAUAUAGGAAUUUUUUCUUCAGUUUCACCUAAUCUACCUGUACAUCGUGUUUCUAAAGCGAGUUACCGCACAGCCUGUAUACUUAAUAAUAAGAAAUUAAUUAAUUAUAUCUUGCAUAGGCGUUGCCAGGAGGAGGCAGAGGAAGACCACGGUCCCCUAAACGUAGAAAAAAAUUUAUUUUUUUAUACGAAGGCGCUGCAGUUUUUUUUUAUUUUUUACCGGCAAUAAAGUGAUAAAAUUUAUAUAAUUUUUUUGCAUUGAAUGCUUAAAUUGAAAGAGGUGGCUUGUGUAUGGUCUGCCUGAAAAAAAAA